AAUGACAGGUGUUCGUGAUGUAUCGUGGGUAAUUUUUAAUAAUAAAGGGCUGUUGAUGAUUUGGAAAUAUAACAAUUGAAUAGUCUUUUGUGUUUAAGAUAUACAGGAAUGCAUGUCAGCUCUCUGACUGUAGAGAAAGUAAACAGCCUGCCAACAAUAUAGAAUAAAUCAAGAACUUAAAAGGAUACAUUGCAAAAGUAUAGAAGACUAUCACAACACAACAAUGAUUCACGAUGCAGGCGACUUCUACUCUAUCUUGCCCACGACAAUCAGACCUCGCAGAAUACAGCCAGGAAAGAAGACGAUUCUGGUCUCAGUUCUGCUCUCCUUCAUGCUCUUGAUGUCACAGCUGCUGCGAGCUCUGCAGCUGGAUCAGCCUCCCAGGCUUUCAAAUGUUCACAUUAUGAAUUCACUAACAAGCCUGAAUGAAGAGGUUGAAGUUCCAACAUGCAUCAACACAGAGCUGGGUUCAGAGGACCAUCAUCACGGCUCUAACCCUCAGGCUUGCCACCAUCUACCUGCUCCGAGGGGCCUCUGCUCUCUCACUCAAGCUUUGUUCUUCAGUAAUAAGCCUCAGAGCUGUAAAGAACAAUCCAGUAUAACAUUUUGUAGAUUGGUUGAAGAUCAAAUAUUAUGCCAGUCACCUCUGCAGUGUAAAGAUCUAAGACAUUACAUUGGCACAUUUAAUGAAGAGGAAGCAGACACAACAUGGAAGUCAGUCAGCAUCAAUGAAUUGCAAAAUGCUGUUAUAUCUGAGAUACAAAAAGAGAAUUAUUUUGGCUACAUGUUCAUCAAGUGCUCCAACAGCUCAGGAGCCCUUGAAGAUUUCGGACAGCCACAGUAUGAUGAGGCUUACGCAGAUCAGAACUUUGAUUCCUACACGCAGCUCUUUGUGCAUCCAAAGAAGAUCCAUGAAAGUCAGGAAAAACCUAAGAUAGAUAAGAGAAAUAUCAAUAUAAAUCUAGUCAUGAUAGACUCUCUGUCGCGUACCCAUUUCUACCGUUCUUUACCAAAGACUGUGCGGUUUCUGGAUGACCUCUAUGAUGAGUUACAUUCGAAGGUUUUAGAUUUCCACUACUUCCAAGCUGUGAAGCAAAGAACUUAUGAAAGCCUGCAGGCCUUGUUCUCUGGUUAUGUUAAUAUGACAGAGGUUCCUUUUGGAACAUAUGAUGUGCCAAAGAAGCCUUUGCCUGUCUCAGAAUUAUUUGGAAAGUACAAGAUGAGAGGUUUCAAGACACUUUGGCUUGAGGAUUUAUGCUGGAGCUGGGAAUGGGGUUUGGUGAAGGACUUAAAAGUAAUGAAUGACAGUCUCUCUGGUGUGUCACUAUGGAAGGAGUUCAAACGAGCCUUAUCAGUUGCCAACAUCGACAGUGUAGACAUGACCCUUGCAAGUUGUGAAAUCCUGCAAGCCAAUGGAAAGAAGGAUCCAUUUCAUGGAUUGCCUGCAGUAUGCUACAAUAGCAGACAUCAUCAUGAAUAUAUUUUAGAAUAUUUAGAACUGUACCAGAGAGCUGCUCUGAAAGCUGGACAAUCUUUUCUGACGUUUACUUCGUCAAGUGUGUCACAUGAUGCUUCUGGGAUACGUGUCCAGACUAUCGAUGAACCUCUUGUCAAAUAUUUGAAAUUUGCCUCUAAAAUGAAAAACACAAUAACAAUUUUGUUUGCCGAUCAUGGAAAUACUUACGGAAACUUUAUCAAAUCCAGCCCAGAGGCACAUGUGGAGACCUUCAAUCCAGCCUUGUUUAUGAUAAUUCCUCAAGAUGUACAAGAUCAAUUGGGAGAUGUCCAAAUGAGAAUUCUAAGAGAUAAUCAGAGACGUUUGAUUAGUGCCAUUGAUAUCCAUUACAUGCUCCUGGGACUAAUUAAUGAGAAAAGUACAGUUCCAGACAAAAAAUUUGUUGACAAAUAUGUUACUCCUAUGGGUUUGCUUAGCAGCAUUUCAGUUACAAAGAACUGCUUAGAUGUUCCCCUUUUGCAGCCCAAUCUGUGCAUUUGUAGGAAUUUUGAAGUAUCGGUAGAGCCCUCACACCUGCACUUGGCUCUUGCAGAUUUUGGACUUGGGGUGUUGAACAAUCUUAUACUUUCCCAACACAAAGAAGGUGGAGGUACUGGGUUUGGGAACUGUAGGCCUCUCAAACCUGUUCGACUGAGGAAAGUAUUAGAAUCUAGGGUCAGAGCUGAUUUAGUUCGAUAUAAACUUGAUGUUAUUGUUCAGGGGUUAGGGGAAGGAAAGGAGAUUGAUCAGGAGAUCUUUUUCUUAACAAUUGAGGUUGGACCUGGUGAACCAGCACUGCGCCUUGUGGCGUAUGAAAGAAUGACUCUCUAUGGCAUAUACAGCAAGUGUCAAGACAAAAAUGUUGAGUUGAAAAUGUGUAUUUGCAAUCAUUCUAGUUCACGUGGAAGUGAGGUUAGCCUCCUGAGUUCCUUGCUCUUUGGUAAUUUCAUCCCAGAAUUUUCUUUUCUGAAGAAGGACAUGAAGGACUCUGCAGAUCUUCAGGUCAUUGAAUUCCUAACUAGCCCGGUAUUUGGCAUAACCCCCAGAAUAGGGAUAGUGUUCCCAAGUGACAAUCCUUGUUUGUUCACUGUCAUUCACAACUAUAAUUCUGGUUUUGUACUUAUUUCUGUAAAUCUCUGCUCUUCUAUGCACAAAAUUGAAGUUGAAGUAAAUGCUGACAACUUGUACCUCUCAGGAGACCGUCACUUGAGUGUCUUGCUUCAUCCAAACGAUAUAAAGUUCAUAACAGCAGGCACAGUUGCCAAUGCUAAAAAUGAAUGGCAGUGGACACACAGUGUUAGAGUGUUCUGAGAAUCAAGUAUUUUCUAUUUAUUGAGAGCAAGAGAGUGAAAGAUAGAUAGAUAGAUAGGCAAAUAGAUAGAUAGAUACGAGAUGGGGGAGGUAAAGCAAAGGAAGGAGUAAGGUGUGUGAAGGAAGAUGGGAGGUGAAACAGCAAGGGAAGAGUGUGAGGGAGGUAAGUGAGUAAAGGAGGGAGGUAAAGCAUGGAGGGAAGGAAGGAGGUGAGGGAUGGAAGAAAGGAGGGAUGUAGGGGAGGGAGAGGAGGGGUAUAGGGUACGUUGAAUUGCUUAUAUAUAUAUGUUGUUGACAUUAUCAUUGUUCUUGCAGUAACUAUAAUUACUGAUACUGGCAUCAAGUGUUUUUGCUGUUAUUGUUGCCAUUUUCUCCAUCAUUAUUGUUUAAGGGUAUUUGAAUGCUUUUUCUAUGAGCUACCUCAUAUGUGAAACCUAAAAUGUAAAAGUGUAAUUUUGUAUUGAGUAUGUAACUUGUAUUCCUAGUCAAAAUAUUUUUAAAAGUCAAAAAACAUUUAUAUAUUUUAAGUUAUGGGUGAUGAUGAACAUUUGUAUAGUCAUUUUCUAAAUUUUAUAAUUGAUUUUACAUGUGAUACAAAUGUAAUUGGUAGCAAUUGUUUCGAAGUAAAGAUUAUUUACAGCAAUGAGUGAAAUAUUCUGUAAGAAAAAUUAAUUAAAUUAAACCUUUUCCCAGUGAAAUUUCCUGCCAAAUAACAGUGCAAUGUUUGGGUACUUUAUAACUUAGAUAAGGCUCCAUGUAACUCCCUCAGAAGACACACACACCCAGUGGGUACUGGGGAGCUGAUGCAGUUCUAAUUGCAGUUUAGAUGUCAAAGAUGGGUGUACUAGAUUGGACCUGUGAGAGAGGAGAGUUUUGCGGACUGGAUGAAUUCAACACAAAUGAUGAGACUUUACUUAUAUCAGCUUGGUAUAUAUAUAUAUUUAUAUGCACAAAUACAUGCAUGUACAUACAAAUAUACAUACAUAUGUAUA